GGCUCUUUCUGCAGAAGUGGAUGCCCUGCCAAUCUAGAGGCUGAUAUAAUGUGCUCUGAUGAUUUAGCGAGCUCAGAAAGAAUUAAACCAUCAAUAAAAUGACAGACUUGGUACAUUUCAAAGCAUCUGGUCAGAUGUCAUGGAAUUUCUUGGCUACUACAUGUUCAGUCACACAGAAAAACAUGGGGGCAAGUCCAUGAUCAUCUUAUAGUAUUUCCCUGGAUGCCUCAGAAGAGCAGAUGGGAAUAGUGAGCAGUGGAUAAGUAAGGGAGGGGACUGUGGCUCUGAAUGAUCUUCCUGUAAAAACAGCAAAAACAGGAGCUGUGGGAAGUGUCAUGUGCGAGGAAUGUGUGGAAUGAGGGAUGGAGCUGCUGAAGGGACUGCCACUGCACCGUACUUUCCUGGCUGUCAUCCUGAACCUGUUGGCUCUCACCCUCUCCACCACAGCCUUGCUGGGCAGCUACUGGUGCACUGGGACCCAGAAAGUACCCAAGCCUUUGUGUGGGAAGAGCAAAGCCUCCCAGUGUGUGGGUGUCCCCAUGCCAUCUGGUGCAGAUGCAAGCAAUGUUUCGUCUGAGGACACAGUGCACUACAGCUGGGAGACUGGAGAUGACCGCUUUGCCUUCAGAUACUUCCACGCAGGGAUGUGGCUUUCCUGUGAAGAGAGCAUGGAAGGGGCAGAUCUGCUCAAGUCCUUCUGCUGGAACCUGUGCCACACUAGCACAGUUUUGCAGGCAAAUGUUGCCUUCUCAUCCUUUGCUUCAGUGAAGAUCUGGAAAGACAGACAGAAAAAGCCCAGAGAAGAGAAAUGCCGCAGCUUUAUUGAGCUUUCACCACCAGCAGAGAGAGGAAUCCUUUGGCUGUCACUGGGAUCAGAGAUGCUGUACAUCAGCUUGCUGCUCAUCAGCUUCAUCCUCCUGAUGGUGGAAAUUCUGCAUACUGGCAAUCCUGUCUGCGGGAUGAAGCUAAAUGCCUUUGCUGCUGUCUCCUCAGUGCUGUCAGGUCUCCUUGGAAUGGUGGCACAUAUGAUGUACAGUCAAGUCUUCCAGGCAACAGUUAAUUUGGGACCAGAGGACUGGAGACCACACACAUGGGACUAUGGCUGGGCAUUCUACAUGGCCUGGGCCUCCUUCACCUGCUGCAUGGCCUCUGCUGUCACCACUCUCAAUACCUACACCAAGACAAUACUGGAGUUCAAUAGGAUCCACAUCAAGGGAUACGAUGGGAGCCUCAAGGAUCACCCUCAGCACCACCAGUGCUUCAUACAGCAAAUAAGCAGCUACUAUGGGCCCAAAGGCAAGGCCUUCCAUUCAGUCUCUGAGGGAGUUGAUUUCUACACUGAUCUGCAGCAGAAAAUACUACAGCGGGAACCAGAGCUGGACCUAGAUGAAGUCUUGGGCCAGACAAUUGGGGAGGAUCGCUGUUAGGGAUAAAUGUACACAGACAGAGCAGUGGGAUUUGUGAGGCACAAGAGCUCUGAACAAAGCACUGGCACCACUGUUAGCAGGCUUUGGGGAGCUCUUCCUGCCUCUACAGGGAGUGAGGAGGCAGGCACUGGGUCAUGGCAACUAGAGUAGAAGUUUGGGAGUCCUCCCUGGUCAUAUACAGUGUCAUGGGUGCCCUUAUCUGAUCAGAGUGAAACUGGAAGAACAUGCUGGUGCCAGCUGUCUCCGAGCACUUUCAGAGUUGAGUCAGAUGUCCUAAUCCCAGUAUUGCACUUGGGAACAGAUAGUCAGCACCAUCCAGAUGGCAAAUUGCACUGCUGGGUGGUGUCACAUUGACCUUCCCUCAACACCUCCAGUUCAGUGCUGUGGUGAAGGCCAUCAGUGUUCAUAAUUGAUCAGCUGUCACCCUCUCUGAACACCCUGUUCAUUCUUAAUUUCCAGGCCCCCAGAUUAAAAGUCCUGGUGCAGUAGGAAUAGGGGGUAGUUUUCAGACAUCUCUCUCCUCUUCCUUCCUAUCUAUGACUCCCACAUGUUCCCUUCCUGCUUUUUGCCCAAAAAUCUCCUAUUCUGAGGUAAUUUGCUGUUGCGUCUUUUUACUGUUUCUACUCAACCUUUAAGAAUUUGGCAGGACUUUUACUUUUUAUGUUACUUCUAUUAACCUGUUCCUUUUUGUCCAUUGUAAAAAUAUUGCAAACAACCCCUGAAUCAAAACCCCAAGCAAACUCACAAUCUCUCAAAGAUGAAACACUGGUUCACAUAACACAUGAUGCUGUCCAGUAUUUAUUUUGCUUCACUGCAGUUCAAAUACAUUCUUCCAACAAUAUACAGACAGACUCUUUAUUCA